GUGUGUUUGUGUGUAUGAGGAAGUCCUUGUGUGAGUAUAUAAAUAGACGAGCGGUCCUCAGGAUUCGCCAACAUUGCGGGUUUUGCUUCGCAGUUGUGCGUCUCGGCUACGCAGGACGAUAAAUAAUAUUUGGCUAUAAAAAUUACGCAGCUUUGCAAAUCAGUUUAUAAAAGUUAACAGUUCAGAGUUGUUUUCGUUCUUGACCCCACUUAAAAAACACGCAUAUAUAUUUAUAUAUAUUUAUACACAUACAUACAUAUAUAUAAAAAGAAAUGCGAAGCCAAUAGGACAGGGAGCACAAUAUGGAUAUGUCGGGCUAUCAGGAUAUUAGUGCCCUGGAAAAAUCGGUGGCCAAUGCUGGCACGCAGCUUUAUACGAUGACCCACAAGCUGCAUGCCGUGGAGCGUAGCUUGGAUCGAACGGCAAUGGAGGAAAUGGAUGACAUGGAGGUGAUGGAGCUGCUCGAGUCCAUGACCGAGGUAACGCACGAAUAUCAGAAUCUGCGCAAGGACAUACAGGAGGUGCAGCAGUUGCAGCGUGACGUCAGCACUUCAAUACGCUACCAGAUGAGCAGCAUGCAGCAAACAUUUCAAAUGUUAAAAAAACGCAUCGCCAGCUCCCAGCAGCGACGACAAAGGAACAAAACGGUAGCCCAGCCUGAGGAGCACUGAAAACUCAACUCAAAUGCUAGAUUGUGUAGUGUAGUGUAGUGUAUAGUUGUAUAUGUGUGUGUGUGAGUGUGUGUGUGUGAGGGAGUAGGGCAUUAGCUGAUUCCAGCAGGCAACUUAUGCAUUUUUUAUGAUUUAAUUUAGCAAACAGUCACAGAGAGCAUAUAAGUUUGGCAAUCAAAUUUGUGUUCCAUAUAUAUAUUUUGUAGAUCAGUCAAAUUUCGCUCCUUUUUGGUAUUAGUUUCAUAGUUCUGUACAGAUUAGUACUUUUGUCGAAAUCGGCCAGAUUUUUCUAUUAUACAAAUGUAAUGUAAUAUAACGGGAGGUCAACAAUUGAGUGAUUUAAUAGAAAAUUGUUUUGGUUUUUCCAAAUACUACUUUUGACAACAACUUACCACAAUCGAACUACUAAAACAUAGAUAUAGAAUGCAUAGAAAUUAGAAAAUGCAUAGAUUUACCAAAGGCUUGUCGAAAUUCUGGUCACAUUCUCGAAAAAUCGCCCGAAAAUUGAAUUGUGAAUUAUAAUUAUAGAAUUAUGCGAGGAAGGGUAUUCAAAAAUCGCUAUUCCGAACAGCAAUUAUUGUUUGUUAUGGUUUCAAUUGAAUUUGCAUGCGUUGCUUAAGAUAAUUGCACUUAAUUGCUGCAUAAAUAGUUAAUGAGUGAAAGUAUUCUGAGUGGAAAUCGAACAAACAAACCGACCUAAAACCUAAUUUAACUUAGGCACUUAACUUGAAAUCGUGUCAAAUUGUGAAAAUUGUGGAAACCAAUAUUGUUUUUUUUUUGUAUUUAUACCAUCAAAUAUGUCUAAGCAAUCAAAUAAGAGUGGACUACCAACAACAAUAUCAAAAGUAACACCAAAGCUUUUUAUACUCAAUGCGAAAAUCCUAAAUGAAAACAUACCUAUACUCGUAAUUAUACUCUACAAACUCGUACAUAUUCGUAGUAAAUGCAUUUUACACUGAAACUCUAAAUACUUUAUGAAGCAAAUCCAAAUGUCUGAUACCAUUUUGAAAAGAGUGCACUUUUUCACAAAAAAAAAACAAAAUUUGCCUUAACAUAAUAACCAUAUUAUACCAAUUUUUGAUAUAUACACAUUUUAAUAUAGAACUUUUCGCUUAUCAUUUGUAUUACAAUGAUAAACAAACGCAAUCUUUUUCGUUUUUAUAUUUUAUAUAUUUGUUGUUAUUAAAUUGUAUAAGUAAUCAAAAUAUAAAAAGACAGCACAUUGAACAACAAC